AUGACGCAACCAGACCCAACAGAAUUUGUUGUUACAUAUUUUUCAGAUACUCAAGGCUGGGGGGUGAGUCCACGAGGAGCAGGCUAUCUCUUUGGUUCAGAUGUUGUAGCACAAUUUAACGACACAAAUGGCAUAGACAUGAUAUGCCGAGCACAUCAGCUGGUCAUGGAAGGAUACAAAUGGCAUUUUAACAACACAGUUCUAACCGUUUGGUCAGCACCCAACUAUUGUUACAGAUGUGGUAAUGUUGCAGCUAUUUUAGAACUGGAUGAAAAUCUGAAACGGGACUUCACAAUAUUUGAGGCAGCACCGCAGGAGAGUCGAGGCAUACCAGCAAAGAAGCCUCAAGCAGACUACUUCCUUUAGGAUUUUUCUUUAGAAAAGUUGCAGUAUUGCUGUGUAGGAUAUCUGUCACUAUCAUACUGUGAAUCAACUUUAGAACCUACACUUGCUGUUUUGGCACAAGGUGCUACGAGACUUAUGGGCAUGGUAUGAUUCAUUAUUUUUUAUUUAUUUUUAUUUUUUCAUGUUUAUGUUAAUAAUUUAAUGAUUUUGACUAUCAAUAUUAUUUGUAUUUUUAUUGUUAGUAUGAAUAUUUCAUUAAUUUGGUUAUCAUAUGAACAU